AUGGACUACUCAUUAUCAUCCCCACCGACUAAGACCUUUCAAAGAAAGAUUGCUGUUCUUGGAGCGAAAAACGUUGGCAAGACCACGCUGACAAUACGAUAUGUGGAAUCUCGUUUCCUUGAAUCAUAUUAUCCUACCGUUGAGAACCAUUUCACGAAAUUGAUAGAUUUUAAGAAUCAGCACUUUACGUUGGAGAUUGUAGAUACUGCUGGACAGGAUGAAUCAUCGUUAUUGAAUUUGAAGUCGUUGGCUGGUGUAAGAGGAGUUAUUCUCUGUUAUAGCGUUGUUAAUAGAAGCACUUUUGAUAUGAUACCCGUUGUUUGGGAUAAAUUAUUGGACCAACUGGAAAGAGACGAUAUUCCUGUCAUAAUCGUGGGUAAUAAAAUUGAUUUAAGGAAUGACCUCGAUAAUCGAACAGUCGUUACCAAGCAAGAAGGUAAAAAGUUGGCGAACUUGAUCCGCAGUAGUGACAAGAACAUUAAAGCUGGAUUUAUUGAAUGUUCAGCUAAAGAUGAUACAAAUGUGGGCACAACAUUCCAGAAACUGCUCAAGCAAAUGGAACUACUGGAGGCAUCACAUGGUUACCAGGAAGACAAUGGUGAUGAUAAUAAAUGUAGCAUAAUGUAA